AUGUUUGAACAGCCAUUUCGGGCCAAAGAUACGACAAUACGGCACUAUGUAAGUUAUUAACAAAAACGUUCGAAAAUGCCAUUUCUUUUAACAACAUCUUCAAAUUAUUCUGAAUAUGUUGUUUAAAAUUUGAAAAAACUACAAAUUUUAAAAAAUUCAGUUUUUUUUUAAUUUAAAAAACUUUGAAACCGAAAUAUGAUUACUGUAAUUUCAGUGGGUUAUAAUAAAAAUUCUACAAAUUCUAUCAAUCCUCAUUUCGAUUAUAACUUCUUUUACCCUCCUAUUCACGGCCAUUAACACGGGGUUGUGUUGGAAGCCGGCUUCAAUUAAAGGUUAUCAUAUCAGAACUCAGUUCGCGACAAUCAUUUUCUUUGCUUUUGGAUUUUUGGCUAUUGGAAGUCAGAUUAUAUUAUUUGAGCAUUUUCGUCGAAUUUCGUUGUUUCUUUAUGCAAAUGCGGCCAAUUUUGCGCUGUUGGCAUUGUUGUGCAGUUGCCAGCGAAUGGAGGUGAGUUUGAAGUAUUUUACCUUACUCUACCCUACCCUAUUCUACUCUGCCUUGCUUUGCCUUGCCCUAAUAGCACAAAGCGAGAAAGAUCUACCUUACCCUACCUUACCCUACCCUACCCUACCCUACCCUACCCUACCCUACCCUACCCUACCCUACCCUACCCUACCCUACCCUACCUUACCUUACCCUACCCUACCCUACCCUACCAUACUCUUCUCUACUACACUGCCCUACAAUACCUUAACUUUCUAAACCUUGCAAAAGUCAUACCCUUCACUACUCUACCAAGCCUUACCUUUAUAUACUUUGUCCUACCAAGCCCUUAACAAAAAUUAAAAAGUCUUGUCAUCGAUUUUUAAAACUUAAAGUUUAAGGGCAACAAAGCUUUUUUCAUGCUUUCUUACUAACUUGUUAGAGCAUAGAGGACAGGGUAUUGGUAAGGCCUUAUAAGGUAGUGUAAAGUAGAUAAAAUUUAUUUUUUGUUAUAUACAUAAUAUGCUAUAACUUCUAAUUAAAUUACUCUUUCACUACUUUCAAACCCAAAACUUUACUAUUCUUUAUCAAAUUUAAGCCCACCCAACGCUAAUUCCGCGAAAGUUUCAGUUGAUCGACGAGCGGCGUGUCCGCGAGAACCACGCCAACGCUGUCAACAAUAAUCAGGAGGAGGAGGAUGUGCUUAACAGAUGGAUUUCCACUCUUGAGAAUGCCCAACGUCACUCGUUUUCGGCGCCGGUUGGCAAAGUGCUGCGCGAAAUGAGGCAUAUGAGUCUGGUGGAGUCGCAGCUCUCCAACAAUUUUCAUCAGAUUUAA